GGCUCGCGGGGCGGGCGGCUCGCGCCACUUUCGGGAGCCGUUGGCGCCGGCCGUGCGCGCGCGGACGCCAUGGCCGAGAGCGGCGCGGGGCGAGCGAGCGCCAUGCCCGAGUAUGGAAGUUUUGCUGCAUCACGUUCCAGACGUGAGAAGAAGUCUAGGAGAGGCCAGCAAGAAGCACUGGAACGUCUGAAAAAAGCCAAAGCCGGUGAAAAAUUAAAAUAUGAGGUUGAGGAGUUCACCGGUGUUUACGAUGAAAUAGAUGAGGAGGAAUACUCCAAGAUGGUCAGAGAACGGCAGGAUGAUGACUGGAUUGUUGAUGAUGAUGGGGUGGGUUACGUAGAAGAUGGAAGGGAAAUCUUUGAUGAAGAUCUUGAUGAUGAUGCUCUUGGUUCCAGUAAGAAAGGAAAAGGUGGCAAAGCAUCUGCAGUUGAUAAAAAGAAUGUGAAGAAGUCUGUGGUGUCAAAGCCAAACACAAUUAAGUCUAUGUUUAUUGCCAGUGCUGGGAAGAAAAACACGGAUAAAACUGUGGACCUCUCAAAGGAUGAUUUACUAGGGGAUAUUCUUCAAGAUCUAAAUGCUGAAACUGUUCAAGCAAGUCCACCACCAAUUAUAAUGCUGAAAAGAAAAAGAUCUGCUGGAAUGCCACUGAAUCCUUUCUCUGUACAGUCCCAAACUCCUAAGGUAAUCGCCCCUAUAUCAAAGAAAGCUCCCGCUCAUGUCAGAAAAGAAGCUCUUCCUCCAGCUUCAUUUCAUCCUAAACAUCCCAAUUACACAGCAAAAUCUGUCAUAGCCUCUGAAGAGAAUGGAGAUACCAAGUAUGCGCCAAAGACUACAGAAAAUGGAGUAGUGGAGACAGUAGAAGAAAAAGCUAUUGAAGAUGAUGAUCAGGGGAUGGUGGAUUUUGAUGAUGAGGACUUUGAUGAACCUAUGGAAGAAGAGCAUGUGGGAACUAUACCUGAGACAGCUGAAAGCUUGAAAAGAGACAAGGAAAUUGAAAAGAAAGAGACGGAGCAGCUGGAAUCUGAGAAGAAAGGGACAUCUGCCUUAAGUUGUUCUCUCCCAGAUGUUUCAUGCUGGGACAAAGUUGAUGAGGAUGAAGCUGAUCCGGUAGCGACAGACGUUCAGCUGGACCCCAGUAUCCUUCCACUUGUCAAUGGGGAAAAUGAUGAUCAAGUCUUGAGAUUUUAUUGGCUGGAUGCUUAUGAAGAUCAGUACAGUCAGCCAGGUGUGGUAUUUUUGUUUGGCAAAGUUUGGAUUGAAUCGGCAAACACCUAUGUCAGCUGUUGUGUGACGGUGAAAAAUAUUGAGAGAACUGUUUAUCUACUGCCACGUGAAACAGAAAUUGAUCUGUCUACUGGGAAAGAGACAGAGACUCCGGUAACAAUAAUGAGUGUCUUCAAGGAAUUUAAUGACUGCAUUUCACCCAAAUAUAAGAUUAUGAAGUUCAAAUCCAAGAAAGUGGAAAAAUAUUAUGCUUUUGAGAUCCCGGAUGUUCCAGCAAAGUCAGAAUACUUAGAAGUUAAGUAUUCGGCUGAAUACCCUCGGCUGCCCCAAGAUCUGAAAGGAGAAACGUUCUCACAUGUAUUCGGAACGAACACUUCCAGCCUGGAACUCCUCUUGAUGAGCAGGAAGAUCAAAGGACCAUGCUGGUUGGAAAUAAAAAAUCCACAGCCCUCGAGUCAGUCAGUCAGCUGGUGUAAGAUAGAGGCAGUGGCCUUGAAGCCUGCUUUGGUGAACGUGGUUAAAGAUCUUCUUCCUCCUCCUCCACUUGUGGUCAUGUCCCUCAGCAUAAAGACCACCCAGAACCCUCAAACUCACCAGAAUGUGAUUGUGGCUGUUGCAGCUCUGAUUCAUCAGAAAUUUCCUUUGGAUAAAGCUCCACCUCAGCCUCCUUUUCAGACACAUUUCUGUGUUGUUUCCAAACCGAAUGAUUGCAUUUUUCCUUAUGACUUCAAGGAAGCUAUUAAAAAGAAGAAUGCUAAAAUAGAAAUAGCUGCAACAGAGAGAACACUGCUGGGAUUUUUCCUUGCGAAGAUUCACAAAAUUGACCCAGAUGUUGUUGUGGGUCAUAAUAUUUAUGGAUUUGAUCUGGAAGUGCUGCUUCAAAGAAUUAAUGUGUGCAAAGUCCCUCAUUGGUCCAAGAUAGGUCGAUUGAGGAGGUCCAACAUGCCAAAGCUUGGGGGUCGAGGAGGGUUUGGUGAAAGGAAUGCUGCAUGUGGCCGGAUGAUCUGUGAUGUAGAAAUUUCAGCUAAAGAAUUAAUUCGUUGCAAGAGUUACCAUUUGUCUGAACUGGUCCAUCAGAUUCUGAAAACGGAGAAGGUAACAAUCCUACCAGAGGAAAUUCUAAAUAUGUACAGUGAUUCUCCUCACUUAAUGUUCAUGCUGGAAAACACCUGGACAGAUGCCAAGUUCAUUCUCCAGAUCAUGUGUGAGCUGAAUGUUCUGCCACUGGCCCUGCAGAUCACAAACAUCUCUGGGAAUGUCAUGUCAAGGACAAUGAUGGGAGGACGAUCUGAGCGUAACGAGUUCUUGUUGCUUCAUGCAUUUUAUGAAAAAGACUACAUAGUGCCAGACAAACAAACUUUCAAAAAGCCUAUACAUAAGUUGGUGGAUGAAGAUGAAGAUUUUGAAGAUCAGAACAAAUCAAAGAUAGGGAAAAAGAAAGCAGCAUAUGCUGGGGGCUUAGUCUUGGAUCCCAAAGUCGGUUUUUAUGACAAGUUUAUUUUGCUUCUGGACUUCAACAGUUUGUACCCAUCAAUUAUUCAGGAGUUUAACAUCUGCUUUACCACAGUGCAGCGAGUGUCAUCAGAAGCACAAAAAAGGGCAGAGGUUGAAGAAGAGGAAGAAAUUCCAGAGCUUCCGGACCCAUCUCUGGAAAUGGGAAUUUUGCCGAAGGAAAUCAGGAAACUGGUGGAGAGAAGGCGCCAAGUUAAGCAGUUAAUGAAACAGCCAGACUUAAAUCCUGAUCUUUAUUUACAGUAUGAUAUCAGACAGAAAGCUUUGAAACUCACUGCUAACAGUAUGUAUGGCUGCCUGGGAUUUUCCUACAGCAGAUUCUAUGCCAAGCCUUUGGCUGCUUUGGUGACCCAUAAAGGGAGAGAGAUUUUGAUGCAUACCAAGGAGAUGGUGCAAAAGAUGAACCUUGAAGUGAUUUAUGGAGACACAGAUUCCAUUAUGAUAAAUACUAAUAGUACCAAUUUGGAUGAGGUCUUCAAGCUGGGGAACAAGAUCAAAAACGAAGUGAACAGGCUGUAUAAAUUGCUGGAGAUCGAUAUUGAUGGAGUCUUCAAGUCCUUGCUGUUGUUAAAGAAGAAGAAAUAUGCUGCUCUUACUGUGGAACCAACAGGGGAUGGGAAAUACGUAACUAAACAAGAACUGAAAGGGUUGGAUAUAGUCCGAAGAGAUUGGUGUGAUCUUGCAAAAGAAACCGGAAACUACGUAAUUGGUCAGAUUCUUUCUGAUCAGCCCCGAGACACAAUUGUGGAAAACAUUCAAAGGCGGCUUAUAGAAAUUGGAGAAAAUGUGAUGAAUGGCCGGAUCCCAGUAAAUCAGUAUGAGAUAAACAAGGCCUUGACAAAAGAUCCACAGGAUUAUCCUGACAAAAAAAGCUUACCACAUGUGCAUGUUGCCAUGUGGAUAAACUCUCAAGGAGGCCGAAAGGUGAAGGCAGGAGAUACAGUGUCAUAUAUCGUUUGUCAGGAUGGAUCAAAUCUCAGUGCUAGCCAGCGAGCAUAUGCUCCAGAACAGUUGCAAAAGCAAGACAAUCUUACUGUUGAUACUCAAUACUACUUGUCACAGCAAAUACAUCCAGUAGUUGCUAGAAUAUGUGAGCCUAUAGAGGGAAUUGACUCUGUUCUUAUUGCAACGUGGUUAGGACUGGAUCCCUCCCAAUUCAGAGUCCAUCAACAUUACCAUAAAGAUGAGGAGAAUGAUGCCUUGGUUGGUGGCCCAGCUCAGCUCACUGAUGAGGAGAAAUAUAGAGACUGUGAAAGAUUCAAGUUUUGCUGCCUCAAAUGUGGAACAGAGAAUAUUUAUGACAAUGUAUUUGACUGUUCGGGGCGAUUUAUUGAACCCAGCUUGGAAAGAUGCAGUAAGAGUGAAUGUGAAGAGCCUCCUUUCAACCAUGUGGUUCAAAUGAACAAUAAAUUACUCUUGGAUAUUAGACGCUACCUCCGAAAAUACUACAAUGGUUGGCUAAUAUGUGAGGAACCAACUUGCCAGAAUCGAACUCGACGAGUUCCCCUCAGUUUUUCACGGAGUGGUCCUGUAUGCCAGGCCUGUAGGAAGGCUAUCCUGAGACCAGAGUAUUCUGAUAAGGCCCUGUACACUCAGCUGUGCUUUUACCGGUACAUCUUUGAUGUGGAGUAUGCAAUGGAUAAAGUGAUUACUGAGGAGGAUAAAGCUCAUUUGCACAGUACAGGUUGGCCUUCAUUUCAUUCACAUUUCCUGGAUUUUCCUUAAUAUCAUGGAUGACAAUUUCAAAAGCCAGACUGAAGUUAGGAUGUAACCUCUACUAGGUAUCCUCUAAUCUGGGUUCUGUUACCCAAGGAAAUUACAGUGGCUGACAGAAUUUAUUUUUUUCCACAUCCCUGUGGUUUAUUAUUCUGCUUCUUGUCAUCUUCAUGUUUACAACUAGAUUUUGGUCUAUCUUCUCCCCGUAAGAAUUAAAAAUAAGCCGAUUGGUCUACAUGAUGUUUUACUGUAUCAGUGACUGGUGAAGUUAGCUGUCAGUUAUACUAUACAGGAAUAUCUGGAUUAUAUAAUUAUUGGUUAUUAUUUGUAGCAUUUAUUAUUAUUAUCUAUAUAUUAUUGUCUGUUAUUAUUUAUAGUAUUUACCUCCAAGCAAUUGGUUCUCUUCAUCUGAAAGUUUAAGGUCUCUCAUGAUGAUAUAGUUUAGUAUGUUAACAUUGUACGAGGUGUGUGAGGGUCCUAAUUUUCAUGCUAAAUAAGUGAAACUCUGAAAUUCCUUUGCUGUCUAUCUAAAUUAGGACCUGUUGCACAGUUAGUAUCAGGUCAAAAACUAUUUAAUUUUCAGUAUCACUGUACCAAAAGCACUAAUUUACAGCUGCCGGUAAUAGUGUCAGGUCUAUUUACUCUGAAUUAUUUUUUUAAUUAAAAAAAAAAGGAACGGAGAAAGUGCUCCACUGUGACUAGUAAUAUACUCAAAAUGUUUUCAGUGCUUCCUUAUACUUAGAGAUUUUCAAAGCUGAGUUGGAUAUUGCUGCUUAGGUGCACAGUCAGAACAGCAAAAAGCAGUAGGAGUAGCAAAGUAGUAGUAUCCUCUGUUCAUUUGGAUGGAAAAAAGAUAGGUAAACGAUCAGUGAUUUAAACGUGUAAUGUUUAAAUACAGGAGUAUACUCACUCUGUGUGCUUUAACUUCAGAAAUUGAAACCUAUGUAUUUUAAUGGCUGUGCCAUCAGGAAAUCAAAAUAGAGUGUAGUAAGCUUUAUAUCAUUAUCCCAUUCAAAAAUUGGUAUUGUUAAAUAUUCAAAGAUAUUACUGUUUUCAUUUUGCUUCUACAGUAAAAUGAAAACCUUUAAAAAUGAAGAGAAACGGAGCCCACAUAAAGUCAGUAAAACUACUGUGCUUCACGCAGAUGUCUCUAGUUCGGUUCCCCCUCCUAGCAUAAAUUAAGUCUUUGUGGAAGCCUGGAUAAGAAUGCUGCAGUUUCCUUAUUCAUAAUGACUGCAACAUUAUUCCAAAAGUAGUUCAUUAAUUUCAUUGAGGUUGUUCAGAUCAUGCUACAGUUUCUUAGAGAAAUGGGAUCCUGUUUGUAGGGUUUCUGCUUCACACUAUAAAACGGGACUGAAAGCCACCACCUUUCCACCAUCCCAGUUCUAAGAGAGGUAGGGUCACGAGUGUUGUUUGCAGUGCAUUUAAGUAUUUCAGGGACAGAAAUUGCAAAGAUGCUGCAGUAUAUUCUUUUGCAGAAUCUUUUCAACUGUUGAGCCCCCGAUUGUCAGAUUCCAAAAAGCCUGGGCAUGUCAGCUUGAUGUGUAAGUAGAAGAAAAGCGAGGAUAGCUUUGGAAAAUCUGCCUGUGUUCCUAUUUGUCAAGAAAACGUACGUCUUCAAAGUAUCUGCCAGUUUGUGGAAGUAGAAUAGAAUCAACUACUCUACUUAGCAUGUAUAAGAUCAUAUACUUGUAAAUGUACAUACACAUGUAAAUCCAAAUGGGUAUUCAGAGGAUGUUUUCCCACUUCUAUCACAGCCAUGUAUGUGCCUCAGUUCACCCUUGCAUACAAACACCAGAAGUGUUUAGUUUACUUUAUGGAGGAACAAGCUGCAAAAUACUGUUGGGAAAAAUGAGACUCUUAGGCUGUAUGUCCUCGAUAAAAAAAUAAAAUUCAGCUCUGG